AUGGCUCCAAAGAACCGCGUCAUCAUUGACACAGACCCAGGUGUCGACGACGUUCUGGCUAUUCUUCAAGCACUUUCGUCAUCUCCAGAGGAUCUGGAGGUGCUCUUGUCGUCCGUCACUUACGGCAACGUUCCUGUCACCAGUUGCCUUCGCAAUGUCAUCGCUCUCUUCCACAUUCUCGAGAAGGAGAUGGCAUGGCGGAAGGCCAACGGCAAGCACUCGGUUUUCGAUGCGCUCAAGGCGUUCAAGCCGCUCGUCGCAGUCGGCGCAACACACCCGCUUGAGGAAUACGAGCUUGCUGCAGACCAUUUCCAUGGCGCUGAUGGUCUUCAUGCCGAGCAUCCCCAUCUCACCCCAGCGGAAAAUUGGGACGCCGCCUUCCAUGGCGACCAACAGAACUCUUCAUCCUCGCUGUUCAUCCCAUCCAGAGAGCCCGCGCAUGAAGAAAUUCUGCGCUUGUUGCGCGAGAACCCUCCUGACUCUAUCACGAUCGCUGCCAUUGGGCCGUUGACCAAUUUAGCGCUGGCGGCCGCCGAUGAUGUAGACACUUUUCUUCGCGUCAAGGAAUUUGUCGUUAUGGGAGGGGCGAUUGACUUGCCAGGCAACAUCACGCCGAAGGCUGAAUUCAAUACUUAUGUAGAUCCAGCUGCAACAGCCCGAGUAUUCGCCCUGACGUCGCCUUCUCCCAAAUCCACGAUGCCACUCGCGGCCUCGCUUCCUCCGUACUCGAAGGACGUGGAAGGCAAGCUCAAGCUGACUUUGUUUCCUUUGGAUAUCACGACCCCGCACCGCCUCUUCAGACGGCACUUCACAGAGAGAAUCACACCUCUAUUGGCGAGCGGGAGCCCCUUGGCGCAGUGGAAUGGGCACUUCAUGUCCAAAACUUUCGACAAGAUCGACUCAAUGAAGGGGCCAAACAGCACCUCCGAUGCUGGUCUUCAACUGCAUGAUCCCAUGACCAUCUGGUACAUCUUCACUAAAGAAGACACACGCCGGAAGUCUACGCCCAUACCUCAGGACAUCCGCGUAGAAGCCUCCGGUCAGUGGACACGUGGGAUGCACGUGGUGGAUCGCAAAGGGUUCAGAAAGACGAUACCAAAGGCGGACAACUCUGACGGCUUGGUCAUGGACGAACGUUGGAAGACAACGGCGGUUGGCUUGCAGCUGGCAAAGGAAAUCGGAUUAACAGGAUCAAUCAGUCUCCGGGAAAGGAUGUAUUUGGUGGGGUCUUGA